AUGAGUAUGGAGAGGAAGAGGAAGGUGUGCUUGUUUAACAUGGUGGUCUCAUCAUCAGCGAAGAUGAGCAAAUCAGACGGCAGUGGAGGAGCCACAAUGAAGGACAAUGCGGUGGUAAGCAGUGUGAUCAAUCCGUGGACUGGAAUGCCGUAUUCCCAGAGCUACUAUGAGAUCCUUGAGAAGAGAAAGACUUUGCCAGUUUGGCAACAGAAAGAUGAGUUCUUGAAGGCUCUUAAGGCCAACCAAUUUAUAAUUUUGGUUGGUGAGACUGGUAGCGGUAAAACCACUCAAAUCCCUCAAUUUGUUUUGGAAAAUGUUAAUGCAGAAACUCCGGAUGGUAAAAGGAUGAUGAUUGCGUGCACGCAGCCACGUAGAGUUGCCGCAAUGUCAGUGUCUCGUCGUGUAGCUGAAGAGAUGGAUGUGAAGAUAGGAGAAGAGGUUGGCUACACUAUUCGUUUUGAAGACUGCAGCAGUGCCCCUAAAACAAUGUUGAAGUAUUUAACAGAUGGUAUGCUUUUAAGAGAGGCAAUGGCAGAUCCCCUGUUAGAAAGGUACAAGGUGAUAAUACUGGAUGAGGCACACGAAAGAACAUUAGCAACAGAUGUUCUUUUCGGGCUUCUCAAGAAGGUGUUGAGAAAUAGGCCUGAUUUGAAGUUGGUUGUGAUGAGCGCUACUCUUGAGGCCGAAAAAUUUCAGGGCUAUUUCAGUGGUGCGCAUUGUAUGAAAGUUCCUGGCAGGCUUCAUCCAGUGGAAAUUCUUUACAGUGAGGAACCCGAAAAGAACUAUGUGGAGGCAACAAUUCGAACCGUUGUGCAGAUUCAUAUGUUUGAGGGUCCAGGGGAUGUACUUGUCUUUUUAACUGGGGAGGAAGAGAUUGAAGUUGUAUGCUGCAAAAUUGACAAAGAAAUUGCAAAAUUGGGGGAUCAGUCUGGUCCUGUCAAAGUGUUGCCUCUGUACUCAACUCUGCCUCCAGCUGUGCAGCAGAAAAUAUUUGAGCCAGUAAGUUCUGGGAGGAAGAUUGUGGUGUCAACAAACAUUGCUGAAACUUCUUUAACCAUAGAUGGAAUCGUUUAUGUUAUCGACCCAGGAUUUUCUAAACAGAAAGUUUAUAGCCCAAGAGGGUGUGUUGAGUCAUUGUUGGUGUCUCCAAUUUCCAAGGCCAGUGCGCGUCAGAGGGCAGGGCGUGCUGGAAGGACUAGACCGGGGAAAUGUUUCAGACUUUACACUGAGAAAAGUUUCCAUAAUCAUCUUGAAGCACAAACAUGUCCAGAGAUAAUGAGAUCAAACCUUGCAAAUACAGUGCUUACUUUGAAGAAACUAGGAAUUGAUGACUUGGUUCAUUUUGAUCUCAUGGACCCUCCUGCUCCUGAGACAUUGAUGCGAGCACUAGAGGUUUUGUAUUCUUUGGGAGCAUUGGAUGACGAGGGUAAUUUGACCAAGCUGGGGGAGAUUAUGAGCGAGUUCCCAUUAGACCCUCAGAUGUCAAAGAUGCUCAUCAUGAGCCCCGGAUUUCACUGCUCGAAUGAAAUCCUGUCAAUCUGUUCAAUGCUCUCAGUACCUAAUUGUUUUCUUAGGCCUAGAGAGGCUCGAAAAGCUGCAGACGAAGCGAAAGCAAAGUUUGGUCACAUGGAUGGAGAUCACAUAACGCUUCUCAAUGUGUACCACGCCUACAAGAAGAACAAUGAGGAUCCUGUGUGGUGCUAUCAGAACUUUGUCAAUGAGAAGGCAUUGAAGGCUGCAGACAAUGUUCGGCAGCAGCUAGCACGAAUUAUGGCUCGGUUCAAUCUCAAGUUAUGCAGCACUGAUUUUAAGAGUGGGGACUACUACAUCAACAUAAGAAAGGCCUUGCUGGCUGGAUAUUUCAUGCAGGUGGCUCACCUGGAAAGCAACAUAGGACACUACAGCACAGUGAAAGAUAACCAAGUUGUACACCUGCAUCCGUCCAGUUGCUUGGAUCACAAGCCAGAGUGGAUUGUUUACCACGAGUAUGUCCUGACCAGUAGGAAUUUUAUCCGGACAGUGACGAAUAUUUGCGGCGACUGGCUAGCUGAGAUUGUGAUUGCACUAGAAAAAUCAGGCAAAAAAUUGUGUUAUGGAGGGCUUACCUUAAAAGACAGGAAGCAGACUACUUGA